GGUUUCAUCUCUAAACUCUAUCAGUAAGUGGAUUUGCCCUUCCCCUUUCUAUUCCCCUAUUACUAUUGAUACUUAUCCGUAUAUUAAAACACAAAAGAUGUCUACAAGCGCCUGAUGAUGGUCAAAAAUAUGCCUAUUGGUGCAAACACAAUGGUAUGGAUAUGUUUAUUAUCGAUUGUAUACCAAAAUUCACAGAAAUAGUGUUACCGCGCUUAUUUAAACAUUGCAAGUUUGCCUCUUUUGUUAGACAAUUGAAUAUUUACGGGUUUCAAAGAGACACAGAUGCUCGCAAAUCAAAAGAUGUGAAGGAUAAGAAGACAUGCCGCUGGUAUCAUAUUUACUUUCGUCCAAACAGACGAGAUUUAUUUCAUUUAAUUCGAAGAAGAGCUCCCCGUUACGCCCGCAGAAAGAAACUUCAAGCAAACCCUACUGAUACUGAAACCAUCAUAACAAAUGAAUCAGACGAGGAUGAAUUUUUAUACGAUGAACAUGCGAGUGCAAACGAAAUGCGUCGCUCUGAUUCUUCAUCCUCCUCUUAUACUACCUGGCAGCAGAGAAACAACAGUUUUGCAAGUAACAUGACGGACCAUUUAAACCCUAUUUUGGAGUUACACGAUAUGUAUGACGAUCAUCAUCAAACGCAACACUAUACACAGCAACGCUCUUCUUCUUUACAUUCGUUUGACAAUCAAUCUUUCCAUGAACAGCCCUUGAACUUUUCUCAACAUGCGUUUCCUCCCCCUCCUCCUCCAGCUCUUCUGAGCUAUGAUACAAAUGGAGCAUUACAGGACCAAAGAAGUCGACGCGACACUACUUUGCAGACGAUGAUGUAUGAUGAGAAAAUAUUGCAAGAGAAACUGGCUCAAUGGAAAGACAAGUAUUCAAUUAUGUUCAAAUCAUUGACAGGACAGGUCGAAAAGGCAAGUAAUUUGAUUGAGAUACAAAAAUCAAGAAUCCAAUGUCUUGAAAAUGCAGUUUUUCAAUAUGAACAACAACUUCGUACCAAUCACUAUUAUCCUGAAAAGUUUGCUCCUCAGCAGCAUACAUUGCAACAUUCAACCACAAGAAAUCAGCAGCUUUUAGAUUCUCAACCUAUAUAUUCAGAUAAACCGCUAUCAUCAUCUAUGCCCCUAGAGGACAAAUGGAUGCCUUUUUUCCCUCACCACAAUACAGAUCAAAUCGGCGGAUUAACUACGCCAUCUUCAAUCAUGACUAACAAUGAACUAACUACAAGCUUUGAUAUAAAUAUAGCAAUGGAUAAAAGACAUUCAUUAGCAGAAUAGGGCUAUUUAUUUUAUUAUGUAUUCUCCAUGUUUUUCUUCUAAUAAGUUCGUAUGCAUACACCUAAUUCCUUACUAUAAGCCUAUUUUUAUGUACUUCUUUUUGAAAAUACAAUAGUAAUUUUUUUACCCUCAAUAAUAAGCGAGUUACUUUAUGUAUUCAAAUGUGGAGAAAUGAAGUGGCGGUAGAUUGGCCACAAAUCGACAAG